AUGACGACAGAUUUAAAUAAAAGAUCAUUAAGAACAAGAAGAAAAAAAACAAUGAAUUCAUUUUAUUAUAAUAGUGAUUAUAGUAAUGAUUUAAAUAGUGAAGAAUCUAAAAGUAGAUUAAAUUUUAGUAAAAAAAGUGAUAUAUCAAAUAAAUCAAAAGAUCACCAAAGAAAAUAUCCUGAAUUAUAUAACAAUAAAGAAUUAAGUAACUGCUCAAAUAUGAACGAAUUAAAUGGUGACUCAGAAAUAAUGCAUGAUAAAAAAAAUGAGUGCUUAGAUGAAAAUAGUUUUAAUGAAUUUAAUGAUGAAGAUACUUUAAGAAGAUUAAGAAAUAACAAAUUCAAUGAAGAAAUUAUAAAUAUAAAAAAUGAAGUGAAAAUAGAAAAUUCUGUUAAAUUAGAUAAAAGCAAAAAUUACUCUAAUGUAAAUAUACCAAAUAAAUCAAAUUGUAAUAGAGUAAAAAGUAUUCCUAAUAAUAAUGAAAAUAAUUAUGCAAAAAUGGCUGAAAAGUUACCUCAUGUAGUUGGUGUAAGAUUUGAUAAAUCACAAAAUAGAUGGUUAUCUGGUAUAUGUAUAAACGGUAGAUGUAUUAAUAGAUAUUUUCCAGUUUAUAAAUAUGGUUUUGAAGAAGCUAGAAGAUUAGCUAUACAACAUAGAAAAAAUUUUGAAACUGCUAAUUUAGGUCAUUUAAAAAAACAACAAGGUGAAUCAAAAACAUCUCAUUUAAAUCUUCUUAAUAUUAAUUCACAAAUACCAAAUGGAUUUAAAGAUAUUCAAGGAAAAAAUAAGUUAAUAUUUAAAUAUUUAUCUUAUGAUUCAGUUCAAAAAGAAUGGGUAGUUACGUAUGAUUACGAUAAUAAAGUUUUAGUGAAUAAAUUUCCGAUAGAUAUAUAUGGUUAUAAUAAUGCAUAUGAGAUGGCUGUGCAUUGUAUUAAUAAAUUAAAUAUAUGUAAUCAAGAAAAAAUGUGCAAAUCUAUUAGUAAAAAUGAAAUUGGGAAGAAUUUCAAAGGUGAUAUAAAAUGUAUGAAUUCUCAAAAUAGUUUAAAUGAACAAGAUAAAGGCUUCUCGAUUCAAAAAGAUAAGUUAAGUAAAUUAAUUAAUAGUAAUAGUGCUGAUUUUUUAAUUAAUAAUAAAACAGAUUCAAGAAAUGAUGAAAAUAAUAAUAGUACAGAUUUUAAUAUUGAUAAAAAACAUAAAUCAUUAAUUGAUAUAGAUCAUUUAAAUCAAGUAAACAAGUCAUUUUUAAAUGAAUCGAACAAUAUUUUUAAAUCUGAUUCUUCUUAUAUAAGUAAUGAUAUAAAACUACUGAAUGGAAUAAAACGAUUAAAUACAAAUUCUACGAAUAAUAAUGAAGAUGAUGACGCUUUAAUAGAUAACAAAAAUAUUAAAGGAGAUAUAUACUCCCAUUUUAAGAAACAACUUAAUGAAUCAUAUCCAAUGUUAAAUGAUGGAAGUUUGGAUAAAUUAGAAAGAGAAGGUAUUAACUCAUUGGAAAAUAGAAAUUUUGUAAAUGAAAAUGUAAAAAAUGAAUUGGUCAAAAAUACAAAUAAUUACAAUAGUUUCAAAAAAUGCAAUGACGAAAGUUUAAGUGUUCAACAACUUUUAAAUAGUAAUUUUAUGAAUGAUGAGGAUAAAAAUGCUCAUCAUCUUUUAAAUCAUGUAAUAAAAAAUAAUAACUUUAAUAAAUCGUUAGAUAGUUUUUUUAAUCCUAAUAAUGAGGAAAAUGAACAAAAAGACAAGAAAUAUAACUAUAUUUUCUAUAAUAAAUAUGAUGAGAAUAAUAACAGUAAUAAUAUUUCAAAUAAUAAUACAUCUGCAAUGAGUGAAGAAUAUUAUGAUUCAUUAAAUUAUGAAGGAUUUCCAAGUUUUAAUAAUAAAAUAAAAAGUAAUUUUGUAAACAUAGAUGAGAAAGAAAACCUUAACAAAAAAAUAAAUAUGUUAGAAUCUAAUAAUAACAAAGAAGAAUUUAAAUGCUAUGAAAACAUUAAAAAAGAAAAGGAAAAUAAAGAUUUUCCAUUUAAUGAUAAUAAAAAUGAGGAUAUAAAAAAUAUUAAAAAUAAUGAAAAUUUAAAUUUAGAAUAUAUAUUAAAAUUUAAGAAAAUGAUAAGAAAUAUAUUAAACAAUAAUAGUGCUGAUAAUAAUGAAAAAAUUAUAAAAGGUAUUAACAUACUAAAAAAUAUGACAAUGAAUGAUAAGUUAAACUUAAUCAAUUUUGAUAAAAUUUGUACAAAUUACUCUUUGAAUAAUGUCAUUAAAAAGGAAUGUUAUUAUAAUAAUAUACAAAAAGAUGUAAAAAUAAAUAAUGAAGAUUCUGUAAAUUAUGAUGAAUAUAUUUUAGUAAAAAAUGAAGAAGAUGAUAUUUUGAAUAAUUCAGAAGAACUAAAAAAAAAUGAAGAAUAUAUUAAUGAAUUAAAUAGUAAUAAUGAUAGAAUUAAUGAAAAAAAAGAAAAUGUUGAUAAUAUAGAUAAUUUUAAAGAAAAUAGCGAAAAUAUUAAUAAAUUAAAUGAUAAUAAUGAAACUAACGAAAAGAGCAAUGAAGUAGAGGAAAGUAAUAAUAAAUCAAAUAGUAACGAAAUUAAUGAAAAUUUCGAUAAACUAAGUAAUAAUGAAUUUAAUGAAAAUAAUAGUAAAUUAAGUAGUGAGCUAAAUGAUGUAGCUUUUAAAUUAUGCCCAUGGAAAAAAGGGAUACAAUGGAAUCAUUUAAAAAAUAUGUGGGUAUGUAAGUUAUGGGAUAAUAAUGGUAACGAAAUUACGAAACAUAUUUAUAUAUUAAAAAAGGAAGGAAUAGAAAUAGGAUAUAAUUAUUGCUGUAAAAUUCGUAAAAAGUCUUUUAUAUAUUAUUUAACGAAAGAAUUAAAAAAAUUUCCAAGUAUAGAAGAAAUAUCUUAUGAUUUGGAAUAUCUUCAUUUUAUAGUAGAAUAUAAAGAUAAUGAAAAGAAGAUUUUUUCAUUUGAAGGGGGAAUAUAUAAAUCAUUUAUUGAAUGUGUUGAGUAUUUAAAUAAAAAAAAAAGAGAAUAUAAUGAAAAUAUAUAUGAUGUUUCUAAUUUUAUAAAAGAAAAAAACAAUUUAGAAUUAGACGAUAUUUAUAAAGAAUUAGAUUAUUUUCAGUUUAGUAAAAGUCUUUUAAAUAAUAUAUGUGAACAGACAAAAGUUGCUUAUAGCAUAAAACCUUGGGUAAAAGGGGUAAUAUGGGAAGAAAAAAUGAAGAAAUGGAUAGUAUUUUUUAAAGAUAAAAAUAAAAAUUUAAGAAUAAGUUUCUUUAGUCCAUCAGAUUAUAAUGAUGAUGUAAUUUUAUCUUAUAAUAAAUGUUGUGAAUAUUUUACACAAAUUAAAGAAUCCAAUAAUUUUGAUGAAAAUACAGAAGAGUUUUCAGAAUCAAUUAGAAAUUUUAUAAAAAAUAUUGAAUUUGAUAAAAUUAUUGAACAAAAUAAAAGUGACACAAUUAGUGAAAAACAAAAAAGUAGUUAUGGAUGUUUUAAUAGUAUUGGAAGUAACAAUCAAAGCAGUGAUGACAUAAAAGCAAAUGUAGAAAAUCAUUUAGAAAGUAGUAUUAAUAAUAUUAAUGAAAAAACUGCUUUUGAGAAAAAUAAUGGUUUAGAUGAAAAUAAUUCUAAGGAAAAUGAUCAAAAUUUGAAUUUUUUAGAAAAUAGAAGUUAUAAUUUUACCAAUAUGGAACAAAAUAAGUUUAGUAGUUUUGAUUUUUCAAGUGAUAAUAUAUCUAUAUUUAAUUGUAAUGAUAAAAAAAUGAGUUCAGGAAUAAACAGUAAACAUUCUUUAGCAAAAAUAGAGGAAAAAUAUACAAAUGAAAAUAAUGUGGUUCAUCAUAGUGAGUUUUAUAAUAACAGAAGUAAUAAUAAAUAUGAAGAAAAUAACAUUAAUUCAAAAGAAAACGAUACAAAAAAUUCUCAAGAAGAAAAUAAGAAAUUCUUUGAACAUGAUGAAAAUUAUAUAUCAAAAAAUAAUAGGAUUGUUGAUGAAGAUAAUCAGAUUAACAAUAACGAAUAUACAAAUGAAGAAAAUAGUUAUAAUAAUAUAGGUUGUUCAGAAUUAGAAAAACAGAGAAAAUCCAGUAUGAAUGAUAUUGGAUAUUCGAAUAAUUUUUAUGUAGAAGUUGGUAAUGGUGUUCCAAGAGAUAUGAAGAAAGAUAAAUGUGAUAUCAAAUUUUUAGGAGGAAAUAAUGAUGAAACAAAUGAUAAUAGAAAUAACAAUAUUUCACUGAAAUCAAAUGAUUUAUCAGCAAGUUUAACAUAUAACAAAAAUACAGAAAGUGGUAAAGUUUUAAGAAAUUAUGAAAAGUGUGUGAAUAUGGAUAAUAGAACUAUUAAUAAAAGUAGUAGUGAAAAAAUGGAAAAUAUAUUAGAUAAUAGUGUAAAUAUUAGACUUCCAAAAAGUGAAAUAUUAAAUCAAGCAGCAAGUUUACCAAAGCUUCAAGGAAUGUUUUUUGAUAAAAGAAGAAAUUAUUGGACAGUUAGUGUAUGUGGUUUUAGGAAGUCAUUUGGGGUCAGAACAAGAGGAGUUUAUCAAGCAUAUAAAUUAGCCGCAGAAUUUAGAAAUAGAAUUUUAGAAACUAAUAAAGGAAAAUGCUACCCGCAGAAAAAUGGUAGUAUGUCAGGAAAUUAUAAAUAUAAUUUAAAAAAUAAUAUAUUAAAAGAAGAAAAAGGAGGUUCAUUAAAUGAUAUCAAUAUAGAAGAUAAUUUUAAAAAGAAAAGCGCGUCAUCAGGUAAUUUUAGUAUAGAUAAAGAUUUAUAUACAGGAAAUGAGAAAAGAGGAAGUUUUAAUAUAAAAGGGAAGAUGAGCUCUAAUAUUUAUGAUUAUGUUUUAGAUAAGAAAAAUAACACUUCUACUAAUAAUUUUAACAAAAAAGAUAUGACUAGUAAUACUAAUACUAUGAAUUACGAUAAUAACUAUGGAGAUAUAGAAGAUGGAAAAAUGAGUUUUAAUCUAAAAUCUAAUAAAAAUAAUGAGAAAAGAUCCAAGAGUAAUUAUAAUCAAUCAAAAUAUGAAAAUGGUAUUGAUGCAAAUCUGAUUCAUUUUUUAAAUGAGGGUGAUUUAAAAGAUAAUAAAAAUAAUCCAUUUAAAAAAAAUAAUAUUUCUUCAAGUAAUAGUGCAAUAAGUAAUACAGGAAUAAAUACCAAUUAUUCACCAACUCAUAUAUAUGAAGUGGAUAACUUGCAUAACAGCCAAGAUUAUUAUACAAAAAAUGAAGAUACGAAAAAUGAUUUAAGCAGAAUUGAAGAUUACAAAAACAAAAAUAAUAGUCCAAAUUCAUUUAUUAAAAAUAACACAAAUGAUGAUAAUAAAAUAAAUAUAGAUAAUGUUUUAGAAAAUGAUAAACUGUAUAAGACAACUACUUAUAUAGAAAAUUACAAUGAAUUGUAUCCAAAAAAUAUGAAUAGUGCUGAUUUUGAUAGCAUUAAUAAUAAAAGUAUGAAUGAUGUAAAUUUAAUAAAUAAAAUAAAUCAACAAAGUUUUGACGAAAAUUUGAAUUUUACGUAUUCAAAUAAUAUAAGUCCAUCUGAAGAUUGUUAUGAAAAUAAUAAAGAAGAUUUAUAUAAAACACACAAUUAUGAAUCAGAAAAUAAAUCAUAUAAUUAUAAUACAUUGAUAGAUGAGACAAUAGAAGAAAGAGAUAUAAGAAUAAAUAAAGAAGUAAAUAAAUGUAAAUUUGUUGAUGGGCUAAUAUACGACGAAGCAAAUAAAUGCUUUAGAAUAAAAAUUAAUGGAUAUAGAAAAGCAUAUUCAGUUAUUAGAAGAGGAGUAAAAGAAGCUUACAAGUUAAGCAUUGAAGCUAUUCAUCAAAUUAGAAGACAAACAAAAAUGAAUAAUUAUAACAACUCUGAAAAUUCUCAAAUAAAUUCUAAUAAUCUAACGCACUUUUAUAAUUCAAGUUCGGAAAAUUCUCGUCAUGGUUCCCUUUAUAAUUAUCAAUGUAAAAACAAAAUGGAUAUUAACAAUGAUUGUACAGAAGAUAUUUAUGAUAAUUCAAAUGAUAAUAAUAAUAAUAAUAAUAACAAUAAUAAUAAUAAUAAUAAUAAUAAUAAUAAUAAUAAUAAUAAUAAUAUUAAUAAUAAUAAUAUUAAUAUUAAUAAUAAUAAUAAUAUUAAUAAUAAUAAUAAAAUUAAAAAUGAAUGUGCUAAUGAAAACAAACAGAAUAUAGAAGAAAGCAUGUUUCCUAUUUUGAAUGUUGACGAUAAAUAUUACGAUUUACUAAAAACAGCUAUAAUGAUUUGUUUAAAUGAUAUACUUAUGAAUUCUAUACCAAAAGUAUUUCAAUUGUAUAAAAAUUUGAACAUGUCUGAUAAUGUAAAAUUGGAAGAUAUAUUAAAUAGUGAAAGAAAAAGAAAAGAACAAUCAUUGAGAUAUCAUAUAGAAUAUAUGCAAAAUUCAAUUGGUAUUUCAUCACUUAUUCCUUAUCUUAAAUUAUUCAGCACAGAAAUAUUAAACAAUAUUUUACCAUCUGCUCAAUCCUUAGAAAUUCAAAGAUUAAUUAUACACUCACUUGACUUGCAAGCAUAUAAUACAUUAUAUUAA